CUUCCCUUAUCACCGUCCCCUCUUUAGCUACUCGUCUCUUCUGUUAUGUGCAUCAAUGAAUCGCGUAGCCCACGUUUUAAGAAUACAUAUGUGUGUGCAUACUAUCCGUCUGUAAAAAAGAUGUCGGUUGCAUAUGAAAGUAAGCACAUAUAGCGGUUGAGAGGACACCGGUAAGGUAAUGGUGGGAGUAGUAUAGUCACGACCGGAAAGAUGUUGCUCAGGCCUGCUUUAGUUAAUGAUUGACACGUUCGUAAGGAAAACGGAAGAACGUAUAUUUUGUUGAGCUCUUCGAUCCUCCUGCAUAUAUUAUUACUACACUUGUUGUAUUCUUCCUGGAUUCAGUAUCUCCUACAAAAUCUGAGUCAGUGUAACACACCAAAUCUUCCUUUCUUGAUGGUGAAUCUGACUUGUUCUUGUGUGUUGCCAACCCAUGAAAUGCCUGAAUUACUGUCUUCAUGAAUAAUUCGACGAGAAUUCAUAUGUAGAAGAGUGUUUAAUACGGCACAAGAUUUGUUGCCAAGAUGAGUAAGAUGUAUACAACUGCCAACCUCUCUGACAAAGAGUUAAAGGAAGAAGGAAAUCGUCUUUUCAAUCUUCACAAGUAUGAGGAUGCUGCGUACUGCUACACCAAAGCAAUUAUUAAAAAUCCAACUCAAGCGCUAUACUUUACCAAUCGAGCACUGUGUAACCUAAAAUUGAAACGAUGGGAAUCAUCCUGUCUAGACUGCAGACGUGCUCUUGAUAUUGAUCCAUGCCUGGUGAAAGGACAUUUUUUCUUGGGUUUAGCUCUUCUUGAAAUGGAACACAUUGAUGAAGCUGUUAAACGUUUACAAAGAGCUGUGGAUUUGGCCAAAGAGCAAAAGUUAAAUUAUGGAGAUGAUAUGACCAGCAUUUUAAGGCAAGCACGAAAACGUUGUUUCCAAUUGAAAGAAGAACAACGAAUUAUUCAAGAUAUCGAAUUACAAUCAUAUCUGAAUCAAUUGAUAGUAGAAGAUGCUGAACGAAGUUUAGCUGAAUUAAUGGAACAAGAAGGAGCUAAAGAUGCAGAUGGUGCAACUGAAGGAGAGACCUCAUCUAUUGAAUUUAUGAGAAAAAAAGAAGAAAUAGAAGAAAAAAGAGAUACGUAUAUGGCUCACCUUAAUGAUUUAUUUGCAAAAGUGGAUGAAAGAAGAAGGAAAAGGGAAGUACCUGAUUAUUUAUGCGGAAAAAUUAGUUUUGAAAUUUUACAAGAACCUGUAAUUACACCAAGUGGAAUUACAUAUGAACGGAAAGACAUUGAAGAACAUUUACAAAGGGUGGGACACUUUGACCCAGUAACUAGAGUUCGGUUAACUCAGGAUCAGUUAAUCCCCAACCUAGCAAUGAAGGAAGUAGUAGAUACAUUUUUGCAAGAAAAUGAGUGGGCAUUAUAUUAUUAAUAUGUAAAAUUAGGAUAUUGCUGUAUUUUUAUGAUAAAUAAUUGCAUAUAUCAUGAUUAUUUUUGGGUCUUGUUAAUUUACAUAAAUGUGCACAUCAUUACCUCGUAAACAGUAAAUAGAUCAC